GAGAGAGAGUGAGUGAGAGAGGGAGAAAGGGAGAGAGGGAGGGAGGAAGCAGAAGGAGAGAGCAGAGAAGAGAGGAGAGCGAGAGGAGAGCGAGCAAGCAUCCAUCCUCAGCAGCCAGCUCUCUCUCUCUCUCUCUCUCUCUGUCUCUCUCUCCUCUUCCUCUCCACCACUCCGUCUCCAGCUCUAGUGAGAGGAGGAGGAAGGCUGUAGCUUUCCUGUAGCUGUAGUCAGCAUUGCACAGCCAGCAGCAGCAGCAGGAGCAGGAGCAGGAGCAGCAGGAGCAUGAGCAGCCCGUGCCUGCUGCGCGCGGCUCCCGUCAGUCAGCCCAGCACCCGGCUGCGGGAGGUCAAGAUCACCCUGAAGAACAGCACCAGUAGCAGCAGCAGCAACAGCAGCACCAGUGGACUGGGCACCAGCCACAGCAUCAGCACCAUCAAGAGCCCGACCUCCUCCACCUCCAUCUCCACCUCCAUCGCUGCCCAGUCUGCUGGUGGACGGGCUGCGACCACCACCACCACCACCACAUCCAAGGACGUCCAACCGUCCAGGGGGUCGUCGGGGGCCUUGGGGAGCAGCCGGAGCAAAAGCACUCCUCCGGGGCAUAAGACACAGCAUGGCCGGCAUGGACGUGGUGGUGGUGGUGGUGGGGGAACAAGCAGUUACCCCAAUGGAGCACACCCCAGGACAGACACGGAGUACCUACCAGAGAGGAACGGGACUAUGCUGGUAGUGCCAACAGCAAAUGGAUCACCCGUGGGACUUGUGCUUUCACCCAUCACUUCUUCGUCGUCUUCAUCCUCAUCCACCCAGAAAUCCAGACAGCACCACAGCAGCAAUCAUCAUCACCAUCCAAACCACUACCACCACCAACAGUCUCCGUCGCGGGGUGGUGGCCGCCAUGCCCACUCCAACUCCAACUCCAACUCGUCCUCGUCCUCCCGCGGCAUGAGGCGGACGCGGCGGCUUAGCUACAGCGCCUCCAACAUCUACUUCAACUCCAUGCUGGACGGCAGGUUCCGACAGCUGCAAGAUGAGCGAGAGGCGGUGCAGAAGAAGACCUUCACCAAGUGGGUAAACUCCAUCUUGGCCAGGGUGUCCUGCCGAAUCUCAGAUCUUUAUCUGGACCUCAGGGAUGGACGCAUGCUCAUCAAACUGCUGGAGGUCCUCUCGGGAGAACGCCUGCCCAAGCCCACUAAGGGCCGUAUGCGUAUCCACUGCCUGGAGAAUGUGGAUAAGGCGCUGCAGUUCCUCCGAGAGCAGCGUGUGCACCUGGAGAACAUGGGCUCCCACGACAUCGUCGACGGCAACCACCGCCUCAUCCUGGGCCUCAUCUGGACCAUCAUCCUCCGCUUCCAGAUCCAGGACAUCAUUUUGGAGACGGGGCCGGCCGACCAGAAGGAGACGUACUCGGCCAAGGACGCGCUGCUGCUCUGGUGCCAGAUGAAGACGGCAGGGUACCCGAAUGUGAACAUCACCAACUUCACAACCAGCUGGAAGGACGGUCUGGCGUUCAACGCGCUCAUUCACAAGCAUAGGCCAGAUCUGGUGGACUAUGUGAAGCUGCAGAAGUCCAACCCCACACACAACCUGCAGAACGCCUUCAAUGUGGCCGAGUCAAAGCUGGGCGUGACCAAACUCCUGGACCCCGAAGAUGUGUUCACAGAGAAUCCGGAUGAGAAGUCCAUCAUCACGUAUGUCGUGGCCUUCUACCACUAUUUCUCCAAAAUGAAGGCCCUGGCUGUGGAAGGCAAGAGAGUUGGAAAGGUCCUGGAUAAUGCUAUUGAAACCGAGAAGAUGAUUGAGAAGUAUGACACCCUUGCCUCAGACCUCCUCAUCUGGAUCGAGCAGACCAUUGUUGUCCUCAACAACCGCAAGCUGGCCAACUCCCUCAGCGGAGUGCAACAGCAGCUACAAGCUUUCAACUCCUACCGUACCGUGGAGAAACCCCCCAAGUUUCAGGAGAAGGGCAAUCUGGAGGUCCUGCUCUUCACCAUCCAGAGCCGCAUGAGGGCCAACAACCAGCGCGUCUACACCCCCAAAGACGGCAAGCUCGUGGGGGACAUCAACAGGGCGUGGGAGCGUCUGGAGCGUGCGGAGCAUGAACGCGAGCGCGUGCUGAGGGACGAGCUGAUCAGGCAGGAGAAGCUGGAGCAGAUGGCACGCCGCUUCGACAGGAAGGCCGCCAUGAGGGAGACAUGGAUACUGGAGAACCAGAGACUAGUGUCACAGGACAACUUUGGCUACGACCUGCCGGCGGUGGAGGCGGCCAAUAAGAAGCACGAGGCCAUCGAGACGGACAUCGCGGCCUACGAGGAGCGCGUGCUGGCCUUGCUGGCCAUGUCCCAGGAGCUGGAGGCCGAGCGCUACCACGACGCCAAGCGCAUCGACGCGCGCAAGGACAACAUCCUGCGGCUGUGGGAGUACCUGCAGGAGCUGCUGAAGGCCAGGAGGGGGCGCCUGGAGAAGAACCUCACGCUGCAGCGCAUCUUCCAGGAGAUGCUCUACAUCAUCAACUGGAUGGACGAGAUGAAGGCACGGCUGCUGUCCCCAGACUUCGGUAAGCACUUGCUGGAGGUGGAGGAUCUGCUUCAGAAGCAUGCACUGGUGGAGGCUGACAUCGGCGUGCAGGCCGAGAGGGUGCGCUCCGCCAACGCAGCUGCACUCAAGUUCGCCAACGGGGACAGCUACAAGCCGUGCGACCCGCAGGUGAUCCGCGACCGCGUGCAGCACCUGGACCUGUGCUACCAGGAGCUGGUGUCGCUGGCCAACCAGCGCAAGGCGCGGCUGGAGCAGUCGCGCCGCCUCUGGAACUUCUUCUGGGAGACGGCGGAGCUGGAGAGCUGGAUCCGGGAGAAGGAGCACAUCUUCAGCUCGCUGGACUACGGCAAGGACCUGACCAGCGUGCUGGUGCUGCAGGCCAAGCACGGGGCCUUCGAGGACGAGCUCGGGGCACGACGCGCCCACAUGCAGGAGGUCAUGGACGAGGGGGAGAAGAUGGUGGACGGGAAGCACUUUGGUGCAGCCAAGGUACAGACACGCAUGGAUGACGUGAAACGACAGUGGCAGCAGCUGGAGGAGCUGGCAGCCUUCCGUACGCGUAACCUCCGCGACACCCAGCGCUUCUUCCAGCUGCAGGGGGAUGCCGACGACUUCCGUGCCUGGCUCCAGGAUGCUGCACGAGAGGCGUGCAGCAAGGACGUGGGCCACGACGAGUACACCACGCAGCGCCUGGCCAAGCGCCACCGCGACCUGCGCGACGAGACCCGCAAGAACGCCGCCACGCUGGACGGGCUCCAGAAGCAGGCGGCCGCCCUGCCCGAGGAGCUGCGCAACACGCCCGACAUCCAGACGCGCCUGGCCGACGUGCGGGACCUGUACAUGGAGCUGCUGCAGCUGCUGGACAUGCGGCAGAAGAAGCUGGACGACACCAUGGCGCUCUACACCAUCUUCAGCGAGACGGACGCCUGCGAGCUGUGGAUGGGCCAGAAGGAGACCUGGCUGGUGGGCCUGGAGACGCCGGAGAAGCUGGAGGAUCUGGAGGUGGUGCAGAACAGACUGGCCAUCCUAGCAUCAGAAAUGGACAACAUGCAGGCGAGGGUGGAUGACGUGAAUAAGGCAGCCAAGCAGCUGGAGGACAGCAGGCAUCCCCGCACCAAGGAGGUGAAGGAGUGCCAGGCCAGACUCAAUAAGAGGUGGGCCGCCUUCAAGGCCAUGGUGGAGCAGAAGAAGUACAAGGUGGACUCGGCCCUGAGCUUGCACAACUACGGGCUGGAGUGCGACGAGACCGAGCUGUGGAUCAAGGACAAGACGCGCGUGGUGGAGUCCACGCAGGACCUGGGCAACGACCUGGCCGCGGUCAUGACCAUCCAGCGCAAGCUGUUCGGCAUGGAGCGCGACCUGGCUGCCAUCCAGGACAAGCUGGACUUCCUGAAGCGUGAGGCCCAGCAGCUGGCUGCCGACCACCCAGACUCGGCCGACAAGAUCAUGGAGAGGCAGGAGGCCCUGGACCGCGCCUGGGACACCCUCCGCGGCACCCUCAAGGACCGCGAGGACUCCCUGGGUGAGGUCAGCAAGCUGCAGACCUUCCUACAGGACAUGGACGACUUCCAGGCCUGGCUCUUCAAGACGCAGAAGGCCAUCGCCUCCGAGGAGAUGCCCAGCAGUCUGCCGGAAGCAGAGGAGCUCCUGAAGCUCCAUGACGCCGUGCAGGACGACAUGAACGGGCACGAGGAGGACUAUCACCGGGUGAGGGACAUUGGAGCGGCCGUCACGCAGGGUCAGGAGGAUGAUCCCCAGUACCAGCAGCUGGAGCAGAGGCUGAAGGGCCUGGACAAGGGCUGGGAGGAGCUGCACAAGAUGUGGGACAGCCGCAAGAACUUCCUGGGCCAGGGCCUAGGCUUCCAGCAGUUCAUGAGGGACGCUAAGCAAGUGGACGCCGUCUUGAACAAUCAGGAGUACACCUUGGCCCACCUGGACCGUCCCGACACCCUGGACGGAGCCGAGAAGGCCCUGAAGAAGCACGAGGACUUUGUGAACACCAUGGCAGCCAACGAGGAGAAGAUCAUCAGCACCCUGGACAGCGGCCAGAGGCUGGUGGACAGCGGCAACCUCUACUCGCCCAAGGUCAAGGACAAGAUGGACUCCAUCCAAGACAGAUACAACCUGAAUCGGAGAAAGGCUAACGAGGUAUCAGGGAAGCUGAAGGACAAUCGGGACCUUCAGCACUUCCUCCAGAACACUCAGGAUCUCACACUGUGGAUAAAUGAGAAGAUGUUGACGGCUCAGGACACGUCGUAUGACGAGGCACGUAACCUGCACAGCAAGUGGCAGAAGCACCAGGCCUUCAUGGCCGAGCUGCAGUCCAAUAAGGAGUGGCUCAAUAACAUUGACCAGGAGGGGCACGAGCUGAUGGCGUCCAAGCCCGAGUUCGAGCCUGUUGUGACGGAGCGAUUGGCUGAGCUGCACGCGCUGUGGGACAAGCUGGAGUUCACCACGCAGGACAAGGCGCGACUGCUCUUCGACGCCAACCGCUCUGAGCUGUACGACCAGAGCCUGGAGGACCUGAAGAAGUGGCUGGGGGAGCUGCAGAAAGAGCUGGGCACCGACGAUGAGGUCAAGGACCUGGCCAGCGCCAACAGGCUCCUCAAGAAGCACCAGCUGAUGGAGAACCAGGUGCGUGAUCGCGGGCGUGAGCUGACGGAGCUGCAGGAGGCGGUCCAGAAGCACGCCCCGCUCCGCGAGGACCGGCCGGAGAUGGAGGCGGAGCAGCAGUUCCUACAGGCCAACUUCCAGAAGGUCCUCACGCCCCUCGCAGAGCGCCGCGGCAAGCUGGAAGCUGUCAAGUCCGUGCAUCAGUUCUAUAGGGACGUCGCUGACGAGAUUCUAUGGGUGGAGGAGAGGUUACCGUUGGCGAUGUCACAGGAGCAUGGCAAAGAUCUCCAGUCAGUCCAGCUUCUCAUGAAGAAGAACCAGACGCUUCAGAAGGAGAUGGAGGGCCACCAGCCACGCGUGGAUGAGGUUCAGGAGCGGGGGCGGCGCAUGGCUGCGGCGGCUGAGGCUGAGGGCCGGCCGGAGGCCCAACAGAUCCGCGAGUCGGCCCGGGAGCUGGAGGGCGCCUGGGCCCACCUGCAGGACGAAAUGGACCAGCGCCAGCAGCGGCUGGAGGGAUCGCACGAGGCGCAGCAGUAUCUGAACGACGCGGACGAGGCCGAGGCCUGGAUAGGGGAGCAGGAGCUCUACAUGAUCGCAGACGAGAAGGCCAAGGAUGAGCAGAGUGCCAUGGUGAUGCUGAAGAGGCACCUCAUUUACAAGCAGGCCGUGGACGACUACGCCAACUCCAUGCAGAAACUGGCGGACCGCGCCCACAAGAUGAUGGCAGAAGACCAUCCAGAUGGCGAGGCAGUGAUCCGUAGGCAGGGUCAGGUGGACAAGCAGUACGCGAGCCUGAAGGACCUGGCUGAGGAGCGCAGGAAAAAGCUGGACCACACCUACCACCACUUCCUGCUCAACCGCGAGGUGGAGGAGCUCAUGCAGUGGAUCUCCGAGCGCGACGUCGUCGCCUCCUCCCAGGAGAUGGGGCAGGACCUCGACCAUGUCACCAUUCUGCGUGACAAGUUCCGUGAGUUUGCCCGGGAGACGGGCAUGGUGGGGCAGGAGCGCGUGGACUCGGUCAACCAGAUCAUCGACGCGCUGAUCGAGGGCGGCCACGCGGAGUCGGCAGCGCUGGCCGAGUGGAAGGACGGCGUCAACGAGAGCUGGGCCGACCUGCUGGAGCUCAUCGACACCCGCGCUCAGCUCCUCCAGGCCUCCUAUGACCUGCUCAAGUACUUCGACGAUGGCAAGGAGCUGGUGGCCCAGAUCCAGGAGAAGCAUAACGAGCUUCCUGAGGACGUGGGCGAGGACUUCAGCAAGGCCGAGUCUUUCCACCGCAUGCACGCCGCCUUUGAGAGGGACAUCAGCGCUCUGGGCAAACAGGUUCAGCAGUUCCAGGAGACGGCUGCCAGGCUGCAUGCCCAGUACGCGGGCGACCAGGCCACGGCCAUCCAGGCCACGGAGAAGGAGGUUGUGGAGGCCUGGAAGGGGUUGCUGGACGCCUGCGCCGGCCGCCGAGCGCAGCUGGUGGACACGGCCGACAAGUUCCGCUUCUUCACCAUGGUGCGGGACCUGAUGGCCUGGAUGGAGAGCAUCAUACAGCAGAUUGAGACCCAGGAGAAGCCCAGGGAUGUGUCCUCUGUGGAGCUCUUGAUGAAGUACCACCAGGGCAUCCGAUCCGAGAUUGAGACUCGGGUGCCAAAGUUCACAGAGUGUGUCGACCUUGGCCAGACAUUGUUGGCUCGCAACCACAAGGACUCAUCUGAGAUCAAAGAGAAGCUGAGGCAGCUGAUGGAGAAACAGCAGGAGAUGAUGCUUAAGUGGGACGACCGAUGGGACUGGCUCAGAUUAUUGGUGGAGGUGUGCCAGUUUGCGCGUGACGCGUCAGUGGCGGAGGCCUGGCUGGUGGCGCAGGAGCCCUACGUGGCCAGCAGGGACCUGGGUCACACGGUGGACCAGGUGGAGAAACUCCUCAAGAGGCACGAGGCCUUCGAGAAGUCCACCGCCGCCUGGGAGGAGAGGUUCUCUGCCCUGGAGCGCCUCACCACGCUUGAAUUGUUGGACAUCAGGAAACACCAACAGGAGAUGGAGCAGUACAGGGCAGAAUAUGAGAAGGAGAGCAGGAGAGAAGACACAGGAUUCGUUGAAGAUUCCUCUCAGGUUUAUACAGUAGAUGAGGAGCAUUCAAUGUCUACGGCAGUUGACCCCACCUCAGGCCAGACGGAGGGGACCGUGGGAGACUCAACGCUGCCCCUGGUGUCUGAGAUGCAGGAGAGCGGCUCCAUCGAGCUGGACGCCUCCUUGUCUGGCCCAACCAUCAGCAGCAGGGAGCCUGAGAAGGCCCAGACGCUGCCCGCCGACGCACCCAGGACGCAGACCGUCCUACUGGAGGGCACGCUGACGCGCAAGCACGAGCUGGAGACAGCGGGAAAGAAGGCAUCCAACAGGUCUUGGAACAGUUUAUACUGUGUGCUGAGGCCAGGACAGCUCUCCUUCUACAAAGAUGCCAAGAGCUUCACGCACGGUGUCACAUACCACGGCGAGGACCCCUUGUUGCUCAGCAACGCUUCCUGUGAAGUCCUGAGCAACUACAAGAAGAAGAAGCAGGUCUUCAAGCUACGGCUGGGAGACAGCAGUGAGUACCUGUUCCAGUGUAAAGAUGAGGACGAGCUCCAGAAAUGGGUUCAGCUGAUGGGGAAAGCCAGCCAGACCGCGAUGGAGGAGGAGGCUGCUGGGCCCUCGGGGAGCGCCAGGGCCCACAGCCUACCCCCACCCUCCUCGUCCGUCAUCCCCGAGGCCACAGCGGCCAAGAAGGAGAAGGAGAAGAGGUUCAGCCUCUUCACCAAGAAGAAGUGAGGGAGAGGGAAAGAGAGUCACCACAGACACAUAUAGCUGAACAAGAACAUAAAGAUGCUGUCUGGCCAGGGAGUGAGACGAGAUGAACAUGAACCUACUCACGCGUGGAAUAUGAGAGUUUUAUUUCCUGUUUGUCUAUCUAUAUUUCAUUUUUACUUUAUAAUGAUUUGUAAGGAUUAUACGUACAUAUUAGUUCAUGUUCCUGAUAUUUCAGUGAAAAUGCCACACACUGCUGCCUGUAUUUAAGCCUUUGAGCACUGUUUUUUCAUUGUUGUUUCAUUAUUUGUUUUGCUUUGCCGUCUUGCUUGUUUGGUUUUCCAUUUUUUUCCUCGUUUUGUCUUGGGCACAACCCAAAUUCACUUUGUUACUCAGUACAGUACAUAAAAUGCACAGGAAUGCUCACUCACCUUCAACCAAAGAUUAUUUGUAAUAUUUGCAUUUUCUCCUUGUUUUCCCU